AUGGAUCUGAUGAAUAGGGUGUUCAAGGACUAUCGAGACAGGUUCAUGAUUAUGUUAAUCGAUGACAUUCUAGUCUACUCUCAAUCAGAGACAGAACACGAGCAACAUCUUCAUUGGGUAUUACAGAGGCUGAGGCAACACAUGUUAUAUGCCAAGUUCAAGAAGUGUGAGUUCUGGUUACCUCAACUGACGUUUCUCGGUCAUACUGUCAGCAAGGAUGCAAUUAUGGUGGAUCUGACCAUGAUAGAGGUGGUGAGAGAUUGGCCAAGGCCAAGGAAUGCUUCAGAGACUAGAAUUUUCCUCGGGUUGGCAGGGUACUAUCGAAGUUUGGUUGAAGGGUUCUUUAGGAUUGCAACGCCCAUGUCUGAAUUGACACGCAAGAAUUUAAAGUUUGUUUGGUCUGAAAGAUGUGAAAACAACUUUCAUGAGUUGAAGCGACGGUUGAUUACUGCUCCUGUGCUCAGUUUUCCUAUGCCUCAAGACAAUUGA